AUGAUCAAAAGAAAACCAACAGCUACUGCAACAGCACUUGCAAAUGAAAUAUUCGAAAAUACCGGUAAACGUGUUAGCGCUAGAACUAUCCAGCGUUAUCGUCGUGAAUUAGUAUACCGUCAUUAUCAUCAAAAAAUAAAAAAAUCACUCACAUCGAUACAAGAGGAGACCAAAACUGCUUUUGCACAAUUACACGCCAAUGAUAAUAUUAAAAAAUGGUUAUUUUGUGAUGAAAAAAUAUUUACGAUGAGCGAUGUCGGUACUAUUGCAUGGUGUAAGCCUGGCGAACCACGACCUACACAUGUUGUUGAUAAUAUCAAAGCACAUGCACAAUUAUGGGGUGUAAUUGGUUGGAAUUUUAAAGCAUUUAGUAGAUAUGAUGGGUAUAUGAAUUCAGCUACGUAUCACUAUCUCCUCUCUACUCAUGUAGGACCACAUACUUCAGAAUUGCGAAGACACAAAUUCUACCAGGAUAAUAUUUCAUAUCAUAAAUCAGGACCAAUUCUUACGUGGUUUAAAAAUGAUGGCAUUCAAGUCCUAGAUGCUCCUGCAUAUUCUCCGGAAUUUAAUGGUAUAGAAUAUGUCUGGUCUUGGAUAAAAUCGAACAUAGCAGCACAACAACCAAAAACAGCAGCACAAUUAAAUGCAGCAAUAGACAAUGCAUGCAAUGAUAUACCACAGAAAGUCAUACAAUCUUACAUUUCUCAUGCUUUAACUGAAAUUCAAGAGAGAGCUAAUGAAUAG